UUGCACUUUUUUCGUUUUUAUAGGUCUUUGACUCUUUAUGAAAGGCAACCAUGGACGUAUCAACAAGCACCGCAGUUUCUGCCAACAAUUGCUGGUUAUGUGAAAGCCUGGUCCGAAAAUGUCGUACAGCUGACAGUUAAGGGUUCCGGCCAUUUUGUACCCAUGGAUCGACCCGCGCAAACACUUCAAAUGCUUGUCAACUUUUUGAGAAAUAAUUACAAUUACAGCACACCAAUAUUCGAUGUUGACACUACUCCGCAGCCAACACUUGCUCCGAUAUCACCUCCUAAAUGCACGCGCAAAGAGUCUGACAGAAUUAUAUCGAUGCCCGGUUUGGAUUGGAGUCUACCCUUCAAGCAAUAUUCAGGGUUCCUCAAAGGAUCUGACACUCAUAUGCUACACUACUGGUAUUCGAUAUAAUC